AGUUGACCAGCGUCGCAACUGGGCGAUGCGCCUCCAGGACAGCGUUUACCUUUUCGCGGCGGUUUUGACGCUCACAUCGCAGCCUUCAUCUUCACAUCUUCAACUAUCUGAAUGAUUCUUGUGUUUCUUCACCGCUUCUGUAAACUCUUUCAUUAACGCCUCUUUAAUCUGAAGAGAAAAUCUAUUAUCAGGACAAGGUUUUGGAUCUGAAACCGGCUGCUCGCACCAAACAUAUUUUCCUCUUGUGGGAGGAUUUUGAUACCGACAUCGCAGGCUACUUUAUUUUGUAACUUGAUCGAGGAUGGUAGAGAAAACGCUGGACAAACUCGCUUCAUGUUGAAUUUUUGUCCUCAGUUUGUGUGAAUUGGAGACUCAGAAGCAUCUUUGGAAAAACAACAGAGAGCAGAGGAGGCUGUUUCACUGUCUACAGACUCUUUUAAGGUGGACCGGAGCAACAAGCAGCCAUGCUGUCCCUGGACGAGCCCCUGGACCUGAAGCUCCCCUCAGGACGCUCAGAUGGUCCAGUGAGGUUAGGAAAGAGGGCUUACUCCUCUUCUAUCUGUGCUCCCCUCAGCGCCACACGACCGCGCCUGAUAUACACGACCUUCCCAUCUCCACCCUCCUCACCAGAUUCUCAGUCUUCCUCUCAAGAUCGACCCGGGUCCUGCUGCAGUCCUCCAGCCAUGGACCUCAGCCUGUCCCCAUCCUCCCGCCAUGCAUCUUCUCUGUCCCCGUCUCCUUCCACCCCUUCCUCACUCUCCCCUUCCUCACCGAUGGAGUCCCCUAAGCAUGGCAGCAGCAGUCCUCAGCCGCAUCUCUUCUCACGGGAACCAGCUCGUCAUCGAGGUGUGGAGGGCGGAGCUUCACCGCAGGGUUUCCCUUUCUAUCUGCCCAUUGGGAGCCCACCGAGGGCGUACAGCUUCCCCUCCUCCAUCUUCAUCAGUCAGAACACAGAGAAGCAGGUUUCACCAGAGCCCUCACUGGACGGUCAGCUGGCCUGCCGAUGGAUGAAGUGCCACCUGCUGUUCGACUCGCUGCAGGACCUGGUCGAUCACAUCAACGACUUUCACGUCAAACCUGAAAAGGAUUCUGGGUACUGCUGCAAGUGGGAGGGCUGUGCUCGCAACGGAAGAGGCUUCAACGCCAGGUAUAAGAUGCUGAUCCACAUCCGCACACACACCAAUGAGAAGCCGCACCACUGUCCCACCUGCAACAAGAGCUUUUCACGUCUGGAGAACCUGAAGAUACACACCCGCUCGCACACAGGAGAAAAACCCUACAUCUGCCCUUAUGAAGGCUGCAGCAAGCGUUACUCCAACUCCAGCGACCGCUUCAAACACACCCGCACACACUACGUGGACAAGCCUUACUACUGCAAGAUGCAAGGCUGCCUGAAGCGCUACACCGAUCCCAGCUCGCUACGCAAGCACAUCAAGGCCCAUGGGCACUUUGUUGCUCAGGAGCAUGGUGCUCCCAACAGGCUGGGGACCAGGAUGGGCCUCCCUGGGCACCAGAGCCCAGCUGAUCAUCCACCUGUAGGCGGGGCUCACAUCAUCAUCCCCAGUGCUGCAGCAGCUCUUCUUGGAGGCCUCGGGGGAUCUUUGCCUCUCUCUGCUUUUUGCCAUGCUAGAGCUCUGGGCCACCACGGGGCGCCACUCUUCUCCCUAGGGGGAGGAGGAGGCUUCCCUGACUCUCCUCUGUUGCACUAUGGACUUUCAACUGCAUCCAUGCUGGGGCUGGGAGCCCUGGGAGGCCUGGGACGGAUGGUACAGAGGGACAUGGAAGGCAAAGAUGAAGAGGAGGAAGGAGAGGAGGGGGAGGUUCUGAACCUCUCUGCAGGAGUUGGGUCCAGACGAAGUGACCCUCUCUCCUGGGUGGUUGUUCCCCAAAGAGCCCUCCUGCUCAAACCAGCUGUUGUCAGCUAGAUGUGCACUCAGCAAAGUAUGUGUGCCUGUUUGCAUGAAUGUUUAGUUGUGUGUGUGUGUGUGUUCACAGACAUAAAAUCAUGGUUAUGAUUACUGUGUGUGAGUGUAUGUAAUGUGUAUGUGUGUAAGAGAGGGAUCAAAGGUCGCUGUUACCUAACGGAGCCAUAAGAAGCACUUCAGUCAUUCCUGCCCACAAACGGCUGAAGACAGACGCACAGAAGUCUUCAUGUUGACUGAACAGAACUUUGACGAGACUGUUGAGUGUUUGCACCCUGCAUGUUACAGCUGUUUCACACUUCAAACGGUCAACACGCCCAAACAGAAAGAAAAUCUUAGAGGUAUCCAGCCAUGCAGAUAUGAUGUUACACUUUUCUUUUUCUAACCCCAUCACGGGGAUGGUUGUCACACACUAUGGGGUUGGUUGUCACAAUGGUAUUUUAAUGGGAAAAAUCUUUUAAAAAAGGCAAGAAGGCAGAACUAAAUUUGAAAGUUUAAUUGCACUGACAAGUGAUAGGUCUACAUAAUUUAAUGCAUUUUAACAUAAAAUGAGCAAGGAACAUGAACAGGAAACACCUCUUUAGGCCAGCCUAUAUAACAACAUAAAGAACAAAACAAAUAGGCUGUACAAUACUGGCCUACUCAACUCGGCUACAUGCAGUCACUGUCUGAGUUACAGUGAAGGCAAAUGUAGGGUCUGCACACUCCAACUAAUUUCACCAUGCAUGAUUUUGCCAACAUAGGGGUUGGUUGUUACAUGUGACAACUAACCCCAAAGAGAAUGUGACGACCAACCCCAACUAGAAUUUUUUGCUAGCAUCAAGGCUAACAACCAUCUAACAAGUAGUUAGCUAGCUAAUAAAAAUCUUAACUAUAGCUUUCCCCUCACACUUUGUAAGGGUAACACUUGUUUUGUUAUAAACCCAUCGUUUAAAAGCCUAGAAGAAAAAUACUGAGGAGCUGAAUAUUUACAAUUUGACAUGAAAAACACAAAAAGUCCUCUCACCUCAAGUUCAGCUGUCUUACUCCAGAGAAGACUAUGUAGGUGAGCUCUGAUCCUAAUUCUGGAAAUGUCCAUACCCCAAUUUGAGAGACAGUGCCCUCUGGUGGCGAGAUAUAACGAGUGUGCCAACCAACCCGUGUGACAACCAACCCCGUUCUCCCCUGCUUUAUAGCCACCCUGUAAAUGCCAGUUAGUCCAUGACUUAUGACUCAAAUGUCUCCACAUCGAGAAAAAGAAUCAACAUGACAUGACACAAAGAGGUUCACACAGUACGAUGAAUCCUUAAAGUUAUAACCAGUUACCUUGAAUAAAAACGUUAGCCGCCAACCGUCCCACAUCCCAUGUUCCAAACCAAACUUUAUCCUGUAUUUAACUUGACUCCUCUGUAAACAGUUGGCGACACUUCACUGAUCCUUGAUGUGUAUAAACACUGGAUUUGGAGGUCCUAAUUUGAACCUUUGACAUCUAUCUGCAUGGCUCGAUACUGAAGGGAAUAGUUGUGUGUGAUUUGGGUGAACUGGCUUUUUGAAAUUCUUUUUACAACUUCAUCUGCAACUUGACUGAAACAUUUUUACCAUGGACAAUCACCUGUGUUAGAUUUACUAAACAGGGACAAGGAAAAGCAGAUGCACUUAUCAUUUUGUAGCUUAAAUGUGUGACAAUCCCCGCUGACUGCUUUAAUAGAUCCAUGUUUUACCUGAAAACGAUGGAGUAUACAGCAGGACCAUGGGGUGCAAGAAAUACAGUCCAAACACAAUAAUUCAAUGUAACAUGAAAAAAUAAGUCUUGUAGACCUCGUUUAGAUGUUACAUCAGAACUUCUUUCUUUCUUCAGACAGUGCUUGUGCAAUUAAGGGUUUUAACCUUAAGUGACUGUAAUAUUUCAGUUAUUCCACAUUGCUCUUUUCAAACAAUGGCAGACAUAAAACAUUUUAUUUGUUAUCUUAAUAAACAUUUUACUUUAUAAUUGGAAAAUAAAUCAAAUAUCAACCUUCAAAUUUUAAAUUUCAGACCCUUCCAUGUCUGAACCACAGUGGUGACUGCAAGACGGUGUCUGUGGGUUUAAUCUGGAUGUUCAGUUGUCAUGUGCAACAUGUGCACCUGAGAUAACCCCUCACCUGCUUUAUUUUUAAGCCAGCAGUCAGCAAAAUAAUGACCUCCCUCGAGGAAAACUGAAUCUCCUGAGGCCCAAUUAUGAAUAUAUAUUAUCAAGACCUGGAUAGAGAAGCCCUGCUCAGACAUACCUCCAAUUUCACCCAGUGGCCACAUGCAGUACUGCAGUGAUGGCCUGUGUCUACGCACAUUGAUUUUUGCACUAGCACUUCCUAUUUCUAUUCAAAGCCAAUGUAGUUCGGUUUUUACAGUUCUUAGUGCCCUGAGCAAAAACAACCCUCUGCUCAGGCUGUUUUUUAAAAACUUUGCUCACAACAAUCUCAAAUUAAAGAAUACUUCAUAUUUUUGAACACUGUUGCUUAACAACGUCUCUUUCCUGAUUGGUUCCCAACAACCAAUCAAAAUCAAGAAAGCGCGGAGGAGGAUAAACUUAGAAGACUCACAAUUUCAAGAGUAGAAUUUCCAGUUCUAAAUAUGUUUCAACGCCAAGACACAAUGUUUUCUUCUUAGAUUAUUUACUUAGAGCAAACAUGAGCAUAUAGAGCAUUUUAAAAAGUUCUUAGAGGUCAUCACUAAGGAAAGUGGACUUGCCAUAAUGACUAUUUCUGUGACCCUGUAACAAUAAGUAGAGUGAGAAAUGCUUUGAAACUAAGGUUGUGUGCUACAAGCACAAAAAACACUGUCGGUGGACACAGGCCCUAAAGAAUUUCCUUCCAGACCAAAAAAGACUUUUCCCUUAAAGCCAGCAAUACUGAAGAGACAUCUCUAUCACUGUCAACAAACAAGGUCAAGCAUGACUAUUAAUUACAACUGAAGGUACAUUUCUGAGCCGUAGUGAUUAUUAUAUUUGUCAAACUUGGACGAAGUGGAUGAAUGCAAAUUCAACUCAACAAUGCUAUCACAGUGCAAAGUCUUUAGCUGCAUACUCUCAAUUGGAGAUGAUAAAAGGCAGUUCUUUGGACUGAAAGGCCGUCAUCCUUGAGUCCUGUAUCCAGCAGUGCUGUAGUUGAGUCUCCUGACCUUGAGUCCUCAGAGUUCAAGUCUGAGUCAAGUCCAAGUCAUCAGAGAAGAAUCAGAGUUGAGUCCGAGUCGAGUCGAGUCCCCAUUACACGAUGAAUAUUAUUGUUGAUUACAAAUAGGGUGACUGUUUCUCUCCAAACUGGACUGGACUGAAACUCAAAGCUAACUACAACCCACCCGCUAUUAAUCCAAUUUUUAACCAACCAAACAUCUUUGACCUUUUUUAGUUGUUAGCAGUACUGUUAAACAAAGCAGGCUAACUCUAGCAUCUGACUAACUUAUGGGGACAGAUGUCUGUCUGUUACAGUUUGAGGUUGUCUCUGUCCUCUCAUCCAUGAUUAGCUGUGCUUGUUUGCUUUCGCUGUAAAAGUUGUGAAAGCCAAAGACCUGGCUCAUGCCGCCUCUUUUGUCAACUUAUCAGGUCCUGUUCCUGGACAAGACGGCCGGCAGGUGAACACACGAGACAGCCCUUGCUCUAAAAUACAACAUUAAGACAGUCUUAAUUAAUAAAUAAGUCUGAGUCCUCCUCUCCAUCUUCUGUCCUAAAGUAGUCUGAGCACAAGUCUGAGUCAGGAGUCCUGAAAUUCAGGUCUUGAAUUGGACUUGAUUAUGAUUUCUCAAGUGCUAUCCAGAUCUUUAUCAUAUAGCAAACAUGGACCUGAUGCCACACAUUAUAAAGUAUAAUGAGGUUAUCUCUUAGACACUGGUCAUAAAGUGAUCUCAGCACAGCUGUCAGCUACUCUUCUGAUAAACUCUUCUGAGAUACAAACUCACUCAGGAUUAGGAUAUUAUUGACACUACAAUGUGUGAUGAACAGCUUUGCUUACAUGAGCUCCCUGUCCGACCACAUGGUUUUAAAGUUGCAAGAAAAAGAACGGUGUGGACGUGACUGAAUGCAGGUUGAAGGUUGACUUUAUUUUUUCAACACUUCCUCUAUUAAUCAUUCAAAGACAAUGAUCUCACCAGGAUCAGCUCUUUCUUUUAGACAAAACCAACUGAGGACUGCAUUCAAUAGAGAAACAGACAAAGGUGUGUAUUAAACAACCAUGAGUACACAUUUGCAUCAUAUGAUUGUUAAAAUACAAAAACGGUACACUACCAGAAACCAAACUAUCAAAUAAAACUUCUCUUGUGUUUUUUUUUUUUUAAGUGUGAAUGUUUGACAACGGCCAUGCGAGGCCUGUUCCUGUGAUGAUUUAUCUUGUACUCUUGUUUGCACUUUGAUUUAUCCUAAUCAGUAUUUCAAUGGUGUCUAAGUGCCUUGUGUUUCAAUGGAAAUAUAUAACACAAUAUAUGAAAAAUAUUUACACAAAUGUAAAGUGUAUAAAUGUACUUUUCAUUACAUGCUCGGAAACAGAAAUUGAGUAACUUGACAACAGAUGUGAUUUGUACAUCAGGGCCACUGCAACACUUUCUACGAACAUCACCACUGUUGGUGACGAGGACAAUGACUCUCUGUCAAUAAACAAAUGACUAAAACCA